CGCCUCCUCCUCCCCACCUCAUCACCACCGCCGCCAACCACUCCUCACCAAGUCAAAGUUUCUUCCUCGCGACCGGCGGCGAGCGGCGGCGGCGGCGAUGUCUGGGAGAGGCAAGGGCGGCAAGGGGCUCGGGAAGGGCGGCGCGAAGAGGCACAGGAAGGUGCUGCGCGACAACAUCCAGGGGAUCACGAAGCCGGCGAUCCGGAGGCUGGCGAGGAGGGGCGGCGUGAAGCGCAUCUCCGGGCUGAUCUACGAGGAGACCCGCGGCGUGCUCAAGAUCUUCCUCGAGAACGUCAUCCGCGACGCCGUCACCUACACGGAGCACGCCCGCCGCAAGACCGUCACCGCCAUGGACGUCGUCUACGCGCUCAAGCGCCAGGGCCGCACCCUCUACGGAUUCGGCGGCUAGGCGAGGCGAUGCGAGGCCACGCGAUUGGAUAGGGAUUCGAUUAGUGCCAUGUUCUUCAGUUCGUCGUAGUAGCCUAGCCUCUUCUCCUGUAGCUGUUGUUUCAUCUCGUCUCCUGUUCCUUCAUUAAUUAGGGAUGUAUGAACUACUGGUUCGUUCGUUCGAAUGGAAUAGGAAAUCUGCAGUGAUUUACCCUCUAAAUUCAGUUGCAAUCUCUUGCCGUGC